AUGGAGUCCUUAUUAACAGGAAGGGACCUUAUGGGUACAACUCAGACACUUGUGCUAGAUGGCAUUGAAUACGCGACCAUCUAUGCCGAUCCAGUUCAAGGUUCCUUCCAUUAUGGUUCGAUCAGUGUAAUUGACGUUUAUGUGCCGAAGAGUCUACCACCAACAUUGAUUGAUGGGAAACUCCGGGCUACAUAUAAUGGGAUUUCAUUUGUCAAUCCUGAAACACUGAUAAAGCUUGCUGAUGUGUACGAAGUGAAGGGUGCUUACAAGCUUGAUUUUCCAAGUAAGCCACUGGACAGGCCUCCCAAGAUGGACAGAUCUGUUAUACAAGGGAUUCAUAGAAAUCAUCUUGCAAAACAAUGA